CCCGUCUGACACGCACGAACUUUCUUUUCGUUUCUGUCCGAAAUCACAAAUUUCGACAGAAAAUGUCUCGAAACCGUGCGGCCGAGGAGACGGACAAGCAGACGCGUAUCGCGAUCGUAAGCUCGGACAAGUGCAAACCGAAACGAUGCCGCCAGGAGUGCAAAAAGUCCUGCCCCGUCGUGCGGAUGGGCAAGCUCUGCAUCGAGGUGGCGAUAGAUUCGAAGAUCGCUACGCUGUCCGAGGAGCUGUGCAUCGGAUGUGGUAUCUGCGUGAAGAAGUGUCCCUUCGAGGCGAUCACCAUCAUCAACAUCCCGAGCAACCUGGAUAAACACACGACGCAUCGGUACUCGAAGAACUCGUUCAAGCUGCAUCGCCUGCCCAUUCCGCGGCCCGGUGAGGUGCUCGGGCUGGUCGGCCAGAACGGUAUCGGUAAAUCGACCGCACUCAAGAUUCUGGCCGGUAAGCUGAAACCGAACCUCGGUCGCUACUCGGAGCCACCGGACUGGACCGACAUUUUGGCGUACUUCCGGGGCAACGAGCUGCAGAACUAUUUCACCAAGAUCCUCGAGGACAGCCUGCGGGCGUUGAUCAAGCCGCAGUACGUCGACCAGAUCCCGAAGGCCAUCAAGGGUACGGUAGGUGCGCUGCUGGACAAGAAGGAUGAACGCAAGAACCAGAUGGAGAUUUGCGAUCUGCUCGAUCUGACGCACAUCCGUGAUCGCGAGAUUCAAGCCCUGUCCGGUGGGGAGUUGCAGCGUUUCGCUUGCGCCAUGGUGUGCAUACAGGACGGGGACAUCUUCAUGUUCGACGAGCCGUCGUCGUAUCUGGACGUGAAGCAGCGUCUCAACUGCGCCAUGACGAUCCGGUCGCUAAUCCACCCGGACAAGUUCAUCAUCGUGGUGGAGCACGAUCUGUCCGUGCUGGACUACCUGUCCGACUUUAUCUGCUGCCUGUACGGUGUGCCCGGUUGUUACGGUGUCGUGACGAUGCCGUUCUCGGUGCGCGAAGGCAUCAACAUCUUCCUCGACGGUUACGUCCACACGGAGAACAUGCGCUUCCGGACGGAGUCGCUCACGUUCAAGGUGUCCGAGUCGGCUUCGGAGGAGGAGAUUAAGCGCACCUGCCACUACGUCUAUCCGACGAUGAAGAAAAAGCUCGGUUCGUUCACGCUCACCGUCAACGACGGGCAGUUUAGUGAUUCCGAGAUCAUCGUGCUGCUGGGCGAGAACGGUACGGGCAAGACCACGUUCAUUCGCAUGCUCGCUGGUAACCUCGAACCAGACGAAGAAUCGGAACCGCUGCCGGUGCUGAACAUCUCCUACAAACCGCAGAAGAUCUCACCCAAGAGCCAAUCGACGGUGCGCUAUUUGCUCCACGAGAAGAUCCGCGACGCCUACAUCCACCCGCAGUUCGUGGCCGACGUGAUGAAGCCGCUCAAGAUCGAAGAGAUCAUGGAUCAGGAGGUGCAGAACCUGUCCGGAGGUGAGUUGCAGCGCGUGGCGUUGGUACUCUGCCUGGGCAAGCCGGCCGACGUUUAUCUGAUCGACGAACCGUCCGCCUAUCUGGACUCCGAGCAGCGUCUCAUCGCGGCCAAGGUCAUCAAGAGAUACAUUCUACACGCCAAGAAGACCGGGUUCGUGGUGGAGCACGAUUUCAUCAUGGCAACCUACCUAGCCGAUCGGGUGAUCGUGUUCGAGGGUCAACCAUCGGUCGAUACGACGGCUCACACCCCGCAAUCGCUGUUGAACGGCAUGAACAGGUUCCUGGAGCUGCUGGAAAUCACAUUCCGACGCGAUCCGAACAACUUCCGGCCACGAAUCAACAAGCUACACUCGGUGAAGGAUGUAGAGCAAAAGCGCGCGGGACAGUACUUCUUCUACGAAGAAUCCUAGGCGACCCCCAGUUCCCCCCAGCCAUCGUUUUAAAGUGCAUUCUAUGGCACGUGGCAGCAAACAAACAAACAAAAGAAAAACGAACAGACGCAGCAGCUAACCGUGGCUUUUUCGUGUAUAUCGGAACGGUUUUUUUUGGUUCUUUUGUUGCAAUUUGAUUACAAUUUUGGGUGUGUGUGUGUCGCCCAACGACCCACGGGCGAGGCAGGAGUGGAACGACGAAAAACCGUCCAGCGUUUCGGAGGAGCGUGCGGCGUUAAUAUUCACACGUUAUAGGUACGUGCCUGCGUGCCGGACGGUUGUUGCCUUUUUUUUUAAUUUCAUACACAAUUUUUUCGUUCGAAGUGACUUUUUUUUUGUCUUACAAAAUAAAAAAAAAACAACCAACCAACUGAUUGUAGUUACGUGGGAGAACAAAACCCAAAA